AUGGCUAUUGGUAAGCCUACAUUCUCACCACAUCAACAAAUAAAUAGUACAGGUGAAGUCACAGUUAAAAAAGGUUCAGGAAAGACAAAAGUCCGUAAAGGUCAAACAGAUGAAGAGUAUGAAUAUCAAAAAAAUGAGUUCCGUGCCACUGGUCCUGUUUUAAAUACAAAGAAUUGGUUGGAAGAAUUAGAUUUAUCCAAAAUUGAUCCAAAUGUUAAAAGUGAUCGUGCAAAAUUAGAAAAUUUGACGGAAAGAUUGUAUUUCAAAAGAGAUUAUGCUAAAUGUUUGGAAACUACUGUUUUUGCCUUGAAAUUAUUUGAAUCAUUAAAUCAAAAAAAGAUACAGAAUGAGAUUGAAGAAUUAACGUAUUUGAAAGAUUCUUGUUCAAAGAAGCUGGGAAAUUCAAAUGAAAAAGAACUUUAA